AUGUUCCGAAAUUUUCUUUUUUUUAUUUUAUUUUCAAUAAUUAAAGAAGCUUUUUCUCAAAAAAAUUCCAUAUGCCACCGAGACUAUUCACAAAAUUGUGCAGAAGGAUGGUCAAAAUUAGGUAAUUCAGAAGAAUGCGUAUCACCUUUAUCAUAUAGAGGUCCUUGUCCUAGGUUUUUGCAAAUUGAACAUGAAACAAAAAAAAAAAAAAAGUUGGAACAACUAUGUAACAUCUAUUGGCCUUGUUUAAUUCAAUGUGAAAAAAAUUAUUCUUCACAAUGUCCCGAAAAAUGGAUCCCAAUAGAUGAGAAAAAUUGUCAUCCUUCAGCAGUUUAUGAAGGAACAUGCUUAUAUUCACAUAAUUUUUCAAAUAUGAAUGAUGAACAAAAAGAAAUUUGGAGUAACAAGUGUAAUACUACAUGGCCAUGCAAAGAAAAAUGUAAAAAAGAUUAUUCUAAACUUUGUCCUCAAGAAUGGACUAAAGAUGUUGAUGGUUUGUGUUCUGCCCCACAAAAAUAUAAUGGCCCUUGUUUUUCAAGAGCAUCAUUAUUUAAUCUUGAUAAAGAUAUGAAAGUGGCUUUUGAAAAAUUAUGUAAAUUAGAUUACCCUUGCUUAAAAGAAUGUAAUAUAGAUAUGGAAGACCCAUGUCCAUUAAAUUGGAUAUUAAAAUCAGAUGAAUCAGGGGUUCCCAUUAGUUGUCUUCCCCCAGAUAACUAUAAAGGGACUUGUGAUGAAAAUACAAAAUUUAUUAAUUUAAAUUUAGAAUUAAAAGAGAGUAUAGAAUAUGAAUGUAAUAUAAAAUGGCCAUGUAUUGAAGAAAUUCCUAAUUUAAUUAAUUACGAUGAAUUGUGCCCAGAAAAUUGGACAGAGAGUGAAGAUUAUUGUAUUGCUCCUCAAAAUUAUAUGGGACCUUGUUCAAAAAAAAAAUUAUUCAAAUCAUUUAGAAAAGAAGUUAAGAAAGCAUACGCAGAAGAAUGCAAUAUUACAUGGCCACUAUUCAAAAACAGUAAAUCAGAAAAUUUCCCAAAAAUUUCAGCUUUAAGAAAAGGAAAACAUAAUUUUGGUGCAGUAGAGCCAAUUACAGGAAAAAUUGUUUCAAAAAUUCAGAAAUAA